GUCGCCUGGCCAUCGAUGAUAUCCCGACCGGUGCUGCACGGAGGGGCAUGGACAACUUUUUCAGCCCUCAGGACUGCGUGGAGUUUAUGAGGUUCACGCGAGACCAGAUCGUACUCAUGCUGGAACUGCUCAUGGUGCCUGCCAUCAUUCGGACAGAGUGUGGCGUUGUGGUGGGCGGACGAGAGGCCCUUUGCGUGCUGCUGUACCGACUUGCGUUCCCGUGCCGUUUGAAGGACAUGCGUCUGGUUUUCGGCCUGAGCGAAUCCUGUAUCUGCGAGACUUUCAAUUGGAUGCUACACAUCAUGGAUGUCAAGUUGCGGUUCCUCCUCUCCCUGGACGUUCAACGGCUGGUACCUAAGCUUCGUACUUUUGCGGAGGCGGUUUACAACAAAGGUUGUCCCCUGACACACUGUUGGGCCUUCAUCGACGGAACUGUGCGCGGUAUUGCAAGGCCUAUACGCAACCAGCGCUUUUUCUACAGCGGGUACAAGAGGAAGCACGCCAUCAAGUUCCAAGGAGUCGUGACGCCAGACGGGCUGAUUGAUGACCUGUACGCCGCAGAGGUUGGAACGAGGCACGACGGCUACUUGCUUGCGCAGUCUGCACUACUUGAGAAGCUACAGACCCACAUGAACAGCCCUUCAGGCCACCCGUAUUGCUUGCAUGGUGAUCCAGCGUACGGUCAGACCGAUCACGUACAGUGCCCUUUUAGUGCAUCUGUCAAUGGCCUCCUUUCUUCCGCGAUGAGAAACUUUAACAAGAGCAUGAGCCAACGCCGAGUGACGGUCGAAUGGGGCUUCAAGGAGAUGACUAGCAAGUGGGCCUUCGUUGGCAUGAAGUGCCAGCAGAAGUUCCUGCUGAGCCCUGUAGCAACGCAGUACAACGUAGCAACACUGUUGUCAAACUUCCACUCCUGCCUGAACGGCGGCAACCAGAUUUCACAGUACUUUGGAGUAGAGCCUCCCACGCUGGAAGAGUACCUCAAGGUGUAAGCCUCAGCGGUUUGUCAGGGAAAUAUGUUAGUCC